CAUUAUCGCGAGGCUCGUCACGAUGACGUCCAAAUGAGCGUUACCUGUUCAUUCUAGGCAACGUUGCGCACAUCGUUUUUAUUUUACAAGGAUUAUUUGAUAUAAAAUCGCUGGGUUUUCGCCUGCUGUGCCACAGUUACUCGGUCUUUGGCCUGUAACGGUUCUACUGUUGUUCUCUCCCUGAGCGGGAUCCCGGAGAGCAGAGAUGUAUAACGGUAUUGGGUUGACCACGCCGCGAGGCAGUGGCACGAAUGGCUACGUUCAGCGGAACCUGUCCAGCGUACGCGUGAAGAGGAACAGGGACGAGCGCGGAGGAGAGCGGGAUGAGAAAGACAGAGAGAGACUGGAGAGCCAGCUGAACAGACAGCCUAACGCUGACAUCCUUGAGCACCAGAGGAAGAGACAGCUGGAGGUGAAAUGUGCCGAGCUGCAGGACAUGAUGGAGGAGCAGGGGUACUCUGCAGAGGAGAUCGAAGAGAAAGUCAGCACCUUCCGCUUGAUGCUCCAAGAAAAACAAGAACCUGCCCCUCCUCCAACAGAGAGGCCAGUUGUGACUGAGACUCAUGCACUGGCAGCUGCUAACCAGCAAAAAAAUGACCGUCUGAGAGAAGCGUUCGGUAUCAGCUCUGACUACGUUGAUGGCUCAUCCUUUCAUCCUGACCGGAAGGAGCGAGAGAAGGAGAAGAGGGAGCAGGAGAGGCUGGAAAGAGAGAAGCAGCAGCAGCAGAAGUACCAAAUUAUUGAGUCUGAUAACUCUGAUUCAUCUCCUGAGCGAAAAAAGAGCCGGAAGAAGAAAAAGAAAAACAAAAGCAGAGAAAGCUCUGAGAGCCCUUCACCUUCUCCUCGACGAGAGAAGAAAAAGGACAAAAAGAAGAAAAAGAAAAGAGAGGAAUCAGUGAAGAGUGACACAGAGAGUUCAUCAGAUGACAGAGAAACAACCAAAAGAAAAAGGAGUGACAAUGAGACUCCACCUCCCAGUAAGAGCCGAAAACGGCAGAGUGCAUCCUCCAGCCCAGCUCACAGCCCAUCCCCUCAAAGAGGGAAACCACAGAAUAAAUCAGAUUCUCGUCCAGAUGAGGGGAGGAAAGGGAGAUCACCUGACAGAAGGCGCCAUGGACGUAGUGAGGAAAGUCCAAAACGGGUGGAAGUCCGAGAGAGGUCACCUAGACGCUCAAGAACACCUGAGCACAGUAGAAGAGACAAAGGCCGACAACGCGAGAGAGAACAAGUGCAAGAAAAACCUCAGAGAAGACGACAGGAGUCCUCAUCACCAUCUCCUCCACGCAAGCAGCAGCGACAACAGAGCGAAGAGAAAGAGAAACCCUCUCAGCGGAAAAGACACAACUCUCUGUCUCGCUCUCCGUCUCCUAAGCAGCAGAGAGACAAGAACCGAGGGGACAAUGAGAGAAGGGACAAUGAGAGAAAGAACAAAGGUCAAAGAAGACAUGACUCGUCCUCGUCCCCGUCCCCCUCUCCACGUAAAGAUAGAACAAGAAGAGGACACAGUGGAGAGAAAGAGAGAGCUGUUUCCCCCAGGGACAGGGAGAAGGAGAGGCAUGGGGACAGAGCGAGAGACAGACCGAGGAAUAGCGAUAGAGAUACAAUCCCAUCUACUAGAACAGAUGACCGAGGACGGGAGAGUGAUAAAGGGAAGGAGAGAGACAGAAACCGAUCUAGUGACUCCAUGUCUCCUGCUAAGCGUUCACCUUAUGCCAACGGAAGGCAAAAAGAAGGAAAUCAUGAACUAGAGAAAGAACGAGAAGAACAGCGAGAGAAGGACAGAAGACGGGAGGAGGAGAUGAAAGAAGAAGCUUUGAGAAAAGCCAGAGAGAGUGACAGAGAAAAGGAGAGAAACCGCACCAGAAGAGAAGAAGUGUCUCGAUCAGACAGGAAGUCCUCCUCUAGCGGUCAGCCUGAGGACAGACGAGGUGCCAGAGGAAGUGAGAUGGACCAAGAGGUGGCCAAGAAAGACGGGAGUCCUCAAGACCAGAAGAAGGACAAACAGAUGCAAAAGGAAAAGCCCGGGAUGAAAGACAAACUAAAAGCUGCGAGCAGUAGUAGUAGUAGUAGCAGCAGCAGCAGUAGCAGCGAGAGUGACAGUGACAGCUCCUCAUCGUCAUCUUCAUCCUCCUCCUCUUCUUCAUCAUCUUCAUCCUCGGAAGAUGAAAAGAAGAAAAAGAAAAGUUCAAAAGACAGCAGUGCUGCUGGUAGGUCAGUUUCUAAUGCUGUCAUAGCUCAGGCUAUUGCACGCCGAGAGAAGGAGAACCGAGGAAGAAAUGCAGAGAGUGAUGAAGGCAGAAAGAUGUACCCUCCCACACAAAGACAGAGCUCACCUCCUGAGUCCCAGAGAAAAAGGGAUGAUGCUGAUAAGAGAGAGCGAAGACCUGGCCACUCCUCGUCUCCUUCCACAGGAGCCAAAGACCGGGAACGUGGAAAAGAGAGGUACACUCCCACUGGGAGUUCAAGCCCACCUCCCUCACCCCCGCAGAGAGGCCGGGACAGAGGAGCCCCAAGUGGGGACAAGUACACGCCUCCAGAAGAAACCAAAUCUCAGAGCAGAGAUCAAGGAGGCGAGCGAUACACCCCAUCAGAGCUGGACCGAGAGUCUUCACCUCCCUCUCCUGGCAGAGGAAGAGACCGACCAAGUGACCGAAAGAAAGAUGCGUCACCUUUGUCUCCGAGGAGGAAAGGAAGGAAUGACGUGCCACAGGUCAAACAGACGGCUUCUCGACCUUCACCGAAACGUACUCCACCACGACAGUACCAGGACCCACAACGCUCACGCUCUCCCAGCCCCAGACGAGGAGCGAGGAGACCAUCGCCUUCACGAAACUCAUCCCCUUUCCGAAGGGACCGCAGCCGGGAGCGCCUCAGAGAGCGAGAGAGAGACAGAUUUAGGGCAAGGCCAAUGGACAGAGACCAAGAACGUUCCAGAGAGAGGAGAACAAGGAGCAGCAGAUCUAGGAGCCCCCGAAGACCAAGUCCUCUUUACAGGUUUCGGCGUUCACCCUCUCCUGUACGCCGGCGCAGAAGUCGUUCACUGUCAAGAGAAAGAGAAAGGGAGAGAGAGCAGGAGAGGAGGAGGAAUCGAGAGCGAGAGAGACAGCGUGAACAGGAGAAAGAAAGAGAACGAGAGCGAGAACAAAGAACGAGGGCGCCACCCAAAGAUCCCACUCCUCCACGCCGCUCUUCAUCAUCAUCCUCUUCCUCCAGUUCGUCCUCUUCAGCCUCGCCCUCUCCUCAAAGACAGAUGAAGGGUGUGAAGUCUACAGAUGCAGAGAAAGACAGAUCAAGGGAAAGUGAUGUAAAGCAACCAGAAAAGAACUCGAAACAUCCGUCGUCUUCUCCUCCUAAAGACACCCGUCUCCAUUCCAACCAAUCGCAUCAUCGCUCUCGCUCUCGUGAACCACCUGUCCGUUCUAGAUCACCAAUGACCAACCAGUCAUGCAGCAGGGAUCCACCUGGUGACCGAUCAAGAGGCCAGUCCCCAUCAUCUGUCCUUGAGCGGCACCACGGACCGCCAGUGAGAGGAAAGACUGCCGUGAAUGGGAAACCAGAGGAGGAGACCUCUGGCCAACAGCAGAAGAGAAGCAGCUCAAGCUCUUCUUCAUCUUCCUCAUCGUCGUCCUCUUCCUCAUCAUCAUCUUCAUCCUCAUCAUCCUCCUCAUCCGACAGCUCAGACUCUGAGACAGAGAAAGCCAAAGGGAGUGUUAAAGCAAGUACAACUAAAGAAGCAAGCAAGAAGGCCAAAAGCCGAGCUUCUUCGUCAUCAUCAUCCUCGUCAGAAAGUGAACAAGAAGAUAAGACAAAAAGUCCUCCACGGCCCAAGAGAGUGCCAGCAGACUCACUGAGAGACUCUCGGUCCCUCAGUUACUCUCCGCCAGCGAGGCAGCGAAGACCUGCACAUUCUCCACCCUCACGACGCACUGCAAGCAGGAAGUCGAGAAGCAGAUCUCCAGACAGUCGACGGAGGAAAUAAGUGAAGCCUUUUUUGUUUUCUGGACUCUCUUAUCUGACCCUCACUGAACUGAAUCAUCUCAGUAUCACACGGAUGAGACUGGAAAUGUGAUUAGUUUUAAUGGUGAUAUUUUCACCAUUAGUAGAGGAAGGUCUCUCAAAACCUGGUUCUUUGUAACUCGUCCCAAAAGGGAGGAUUUAUUUUUACUUUUAUUAUGGUGUAAUUAAUGUUUAAGGAGAGGCCAGCUGAGAGACUGAAUAUCUCGACAACUGUUGUUCUGUGCCAACAGAUGCUGGAUGCUAUUUGUACACACACACACACACACACACACACACACAAACAAAAUCACACGUGUCCUGUGGUUUUCUGUCUGCUACAUUGUUCUGAAUGUAGAUGAACAUCUGUAAUUUGGGGAUCAGAAUGGACUGUAUUCUGUUCCUGCAUAUGUGGACAGAGUCUGUUCCUUUUUGUUUAUUUGUGGAAAAAAGAAUUAUGAAUAAUAAAAUGGCAGUAGAAUCUU